CAAGCGCAGACAGCAUCGUUGCGUUCUGCUAUCCGGGCAGUCGCUUUUCGAUGUUAUUGUUCCCAUUCGCAGUGUUUUAACCCACUGUUAUGUGCAACAUGCGAGGCUUUGUUACUUCCUGAUGUGUUAACGUGCAUCGACAUAGGUCGGAGUUUAUAAAAUGGCGCGUUACGGAGUUCCCGACCCAUGCGCCUUGCUUCAGGAACUCCUGAAGGCUGCUACAGGGGAACUGUUGACGAGUACGCUCAUGUCGAUUGAAGGUGCGAAGGACUUGGUCAUUGAACAGGACCUCAUAUUUCCACUGGAUCACAUUGCCAGUGCUGGAGUGUUAAAGAGAACUUGCAGUGUGGAAAAAAUCUACAAGUUAGAAACAACUGCACCACCUACGGGCAACAAACAAUGUACCUAUCUUGUGAGGUCAACGAUUGCAAACAUGAAAGUGAUAGCCAACCACAUCACAUACCACAAGCAGAACAAGAAGGAAUGCAAGUAUUACAUCAUCUGUAUCCCCAGAAAGACCCAUGUCUGCGAGCAGACAUUAGAAAGCGAAGGGGUUUUCGGCUAUGUGAAGCUGCUGGAGUAUCCGCUGGGCCUCAUUCCGUUGGACACUGAUCUUUUCUCACUGGAACUUCCUGGUUUCUUCAGCACUUUUUUCAUUGAUGGUGACUGUGCAUGGACAAGCUGUGUAGCACAAUCCAUACUUCAGCUGGAAAGCUUGUGUGGUCCUAUCGACCACAUUUACGCUCAGGGAAACUGUGCAGAGGGCGUGCUAAAAGUUAUGAAGCUGUUCCCCACUGACUUCUCCAAACCCAAGGAACCUUCGUUGCCACGAAUCAGUCACUUGUUUCUGUUUGACAGAGACAUAGACUAUGCGAGCGUUCUUCUCACCCAACUCACUUAUUCUGGUCUUCUGGAUGAGUACUUUGGAAUUAAGAGUGGUAAAGUGACUUUUGACAAGAAAGUGACGGGGAAGGACCAAGAAAUGCGACUUACCGUCAACAGUACAGACCUGGUCUACAAGGAGAUCAGGGAUGCACACUUUGGAAGUGUCUUUGUGCUACUUAAGGAAAAAGCUCAACAGCUACAAUCAAAGUACAAUGAGAGGCAUGGAAUGAGCAUCGGAGACAUGAAGAACUUUGUCGCCAAUGAACUCAGGUCCUUGCAACAGCAGCACAGCUCAUUGGCAGUGUACAUUGGAUCAUGUGAAGUUAUCAAAAACUCCCGCACCAAUUUUGAAGGGCAGCUGAGAACAGAGCAUAGUUUGCUGGAAGGCUUAGAAGUGAGGGAAGGGAUGAACUUCAUCGAGGAGUGCAUCAACCGGCAGCAAUCUGCAAUAGGCACCUUGCGCCUGCUUUGCCUGCUGUCACUCACUCAAGACGGCAUUCCAUCCCAGGAGUACAAGACCCUCACGCAGCAGUUUCUGCAGAGCCACGGCCAUCACCAUAUGUGGACAUUCCAUCUUCUCAAGAAGCUUGGCCUGUGCCAGGACCAGGGAGCAAGCCGAAUAGGCGGGGCUGCGGCUUCGGCUAUGGCUCCAACCCUUGCCAGCAAGGUGGCUGCGGCCAUGGCCUCCCUUCCUAGGGCAACACGCUUCAGUGCUGUCACCAAGAGGCUGAGUCUAAUUCCACCCAAUGCUGGCGAUAGCUAUGACCUGAAGAAUCCUCGAGACAUGGGUUAUGUGUUCAGUGGCGCCUACAUCCCAGUGGCAUGUAGACUGGUGGAGCAGAUUCUGUUGAAAGAUGGAAUUCACGGCUAUGAAGAUGCCCUGAAGCUUCUACCUGGCUCGACCACAACGUACACCAAUCCACAUUCUAAAGAUCCUUCGCAGGCUAAGAUUGUCAUGGUGUAUUUCCUGGGAGGCGUGACGUUUGCAGAAAUUGCUGCACUCCGGCUUUUAGCAAAACUGAAAGGUUACCACAUACUCGUUGCAACGACUGCCACCAUCAACGGCAACAGCCUACUCGAAAAUGUCAUCAUGAAGGGGCGAUAACGAUGGAUGCAAGAAAGGAGGAGCCGUCAUCAUUCCGGUGCAAAUACAGCUGUACACACCAGUACCACUGCGCUUUUCCCUAGCUUUUUGAACUGAGGUGGCUGGCCAUCUCGCCAGAUGUCAGGCUCCCAGUGUGAGGUUAAAUCAGCUCUGCAGCACCUCUUGUGGGUUUAGCCAUUUUUUUGCUAUCUUACGCUGUUCCUCUUCCCUUGUCAUCGUGAUCGUGCUCGUUCACACCUGCUGCAUCACGUGCAACACCAUCAGUACAUUCCCCAUCGCGAGAAAUUUGAAUUAUUGGUUUCAUAACGAUCGAAGCUUGCGAAUUGGUUUAACAUGAUUGCAGGAAAGAUGUACCAGACAACAUAGACACAAGGUAGAAUAACGUAGGCAUAGCUUUAUUAUACCCUAAAAAAUAGCACGAAAGGAAAUACUGCCUCGAUAAGUAGGUUCUCCAGUCCUUCAAUAUACCACUUGUAAGUAGCGCAUUGUGUGUCCUGUACUCUUUGUUGUCUUAGCGUUGUUUGUUGCUCGCCUUCUGCAAUCAAUUUUAUUUCCUGUUUGGCCAAGCACCUCAUGGAAUGUGCUCCACUUCUCCGUUCUGACAAAAUCGUCUGCAGUGGCCUUCGCGUGUGAUGAUGACGACUUAUUGUGUGUUGUGAAGCAGUGCGCAGAAUAUAUGAGGCAUUGCGAAGGACUGAGAAUUGGGAAAAGAGCAAAUGGGGGUGUUGCAGAACCUGUUUGACAAGAAUUUGAACACUUGCCGGUGUAUACUCAAUCACGAUGAAAACAGUUUGCAUUGUGGAGCAAAACAUAGACAGCAUACUGCUAUUGUGCACAAGUGAAAUGGGAACAAGUUGUGGCUGACUGGAGUGCAAUCUUUCGUUGCCAUUUCGACACUUUGUAUGAUGUCGUUGGGAUUUUGACUCACAUGCUCAUUCCGGGGCCUAUGCCAUGUUUGGCAACAAGAUGUUUAGCGAUGUGAUGUUGCACUCACGAGUUGUUACUUGUGAGAGGUGUUCUACGUUAUAUUUUCACGUUCGAAUUUGCGACGAUGGUACUUGAUUUUUCUUUUUUGCACAAUAUAACUCUCAGUUGCUCUACUUAGUGUAUCUAGCAUGUUUGAUCAAAUCGUGUGGAGUUGGCAAAACAUUGUCAUAAAUGAACACAACUAGCCAAAUUGAUGUUUGCAUCCCAAGCAGUUGUGCCCACAGUGCAAGACACAGCUGCUUAUGUGCCACUGUUCUUUUUUUGUAAACUCACUUGGCUUGGCGGUGUGUUGGAGAUCAUUUUUGCACCACAGCUAAUUGGGAGGCUAGAUGUGUCAAAGAUACAAAACGAUCGGCCAGGGCGCCAAUCAUGCCCUUGAAAUAGACAUGGUUUGUUGUCAUGUAAAAAACAACCAUGCAAACAAGAAAGCUUGCCUCAGCCCAUUUCGAAGUUGUCCAAAUGUAUAUUCGAGUCUAUAUUAUAAACACCGUGAUAUGAUGUCUUGAACCUGAAUGAGUGCAUGCUAUUAGAUUCAGUAUUGCCAUUUAGUCAUAGGAAGCAAGAGACGAACACUUAAGGUUCGUGUACCAUUAAUGAAUUUGUAAACCUUUUGGGACCCAUAUACCAACACCUUUAAAGGACAAUUCUAGUAGCACAUGAUGUGCAAAUUGCCAGACGAUGCUGUGAUCACAUUUCAUUUCCGACUGACUGUGCCUAUAUUUUCUCGUGUUUGCACAACAUUUGUCUUUUGUCAGUUUAUAGAGUCUCUCAUGGAAUGCCGGGGCACCAGUGCAAGCCCGAUUCUCUUGCCUUUUUCUAUGCACAGAUGCUUCACAUUCAAACAUAUUCAGUCAAACAUUUUCUAUCAACCACUAGCAAAUUUUUCUGGCCAAGGUUGUUGAAAGUUCUCUGUAGACUUAAACAACAGUUGAGUGACGAUGUAGAAUGUCCACUGGGCCGUUUCCUUGAGGGCUUGUGUGGUCGCACCUCACGGAAACCUUAACGCCUGCGGAUGGCGUGUCUGGAAAUCACAAGAUUUUUUUUUCAAUCCAAGAGUUUUUUUUUGCAAUGUUUCCUAGAAGUAAGAAAUAAAUGAAACAAAGCACGA